ACCUGGAGGUCCUGCAUGUCCCUUCCGCCACCCCGUCGUCACGCCACGCCCCUUUCCCGCUCGCCGGAAGUGCGCCCGCCCGAGCGGCAGUGCUUGCCCACUGUGGCCCGCCGGGAUUCCGCGAUGGUGGGUGGCGGCGGCGGCGUGGGGGGCGGCAUCUUGGAGAACGCUAACCCUCUCAUCUACGAGCGUUCUGGGGAGCGGCCCGUGACUGCGGGCGAGGAGGACGAGCAGGUUCCGGACAGCAUCGACGCGCGUGAGAUCUUCGAUCUGAUUCGCUCUAUCAAUGACCCCGAGCAUCCACUGACGCUGGAAGAAUUGAACGUAGUGGAGCAAGUCCGGGUUCAGGUGAGCGAUCCGGAGAGCACAGUGGCAGUGGCCUUCACACCCACGAUUCCGCACUGCAGCAUGGCCACCCUUAUUGGUCUCUCCAUCAAGGUUAAGCUUCUUCGGUCCCUUCCCCAGCGUUUCAAGAUGGAUGUGCACAUUACACCAGGGACCCAUGCCUCAGAGCAUGCAGUCAAUAAGCAGCUUGCAGAUAAGGAGCGAGUAGCAGCAGCCCUAGAGAACACCCACCUACUGGAGGUUGUGAACCAGUGCCUGUCAGCCCGCUCCUGAACCUGACUUUUGGCCCCCAGCCCGUGCAUUCAUGUCCUGGUUCCAGCUCCACCCAGGGCUUGUGGCCUUGUUUUCCUCAAUCACUGACAAUAAGAAACUAACAUUUUGCAUUUUGUAAUAAACCCUUAAUUUAUAUUCAUUUCUCA